AGAUACAGGAAUAGAAACACAAUGACUGCAUUUGCAAAGAAUUCAUUCUACAUUUCAAUCGGAUUUUGGCUCAUUUUAGGUGUUGAAUGCCACACUGUUAUGUCAAACAGUACAUUAACUGUUCAGACUGGAGGAUCUGUCACCAUCCCAUGUCAUUAUGAUGAGAAAUACACACAGCAGAAGAAAUACUGGUAUUCAGAAAUUGAUAAAUCAAAUACAUACACAAACACAACAGAGGAGAAUCUGUCAGUAAUUGAUCAUCCUGAUCAGAGUCUCUUUACUGUGACUAUGAGAAACCUGCAGAACAAACACACUGGAUAUUAUUACUGCAUUGUGGAGACUGGAGAACAACCACCGAUAAAAGCAAUAUAUGAGCCUUAUCUCAAGAUUCAACCUGCUCCUGAUGUGUCUGUGGUGAACAGCAGUGUAUCUGGACAUGAAGGUGGUGAUAUCAGUGUUCAGUGUUUCUACACGUUAAGAUAUAAGAAUAAAGUCAAACAGUGGUGCAGAUAUAAAGAUCAGAGCUGUUACACAGUGGGGAGGACUAACACAUCCCAAAAUUCAUCAGUCCAGAUCAGUGAUGAUGGGAGAAGAUCCUUCACUGUGCUGAUGACUGGACUGAGACUCACUGAUUCUGGCUGGUACUACUGCUCUGCUGGAGAGGCACUGAAUCCUGUUCAACUCACUGUAAUCAAUGCAGAAAAGGGCACUGUCAGUGACACAGUAAUUGAAACCGGAACUCUCAAGAAUAAUAAAAAUGGAAAAGAAGACACAGUAGCAACUCAAAACAAUGAUCUCCUGAUUGCGUGGCUUCCAGCUUCAGCUGUACUUCUGCUCUCAUUGAUUCUGAUCAGUGUUUUCAUCUGGAGAUGGAGACGGAGACACAACAUGAUUUACUCUCUGAUUCUCUCUGGGAUUUUACUUCACAUCACAGAUGGAGCUGGAAUUCAGAGCAUGAAUAUUGCAGUGAUAUCUGGAGCACCUGGCAUUAUUCCAUGUCUCUAUGAUGAUACACAUAAAGAAAACCGAAAAUACUGGUGUCAGGGGUCACACUGGGUCUCUUGCAGUAUAUUGGCAUAUACAAAUAAUACAGGAAAAUAUUCCCUUACUGAUUAUCCAGCCCAGAGUAUUUUUACAGUGCAAUGGAAGAAUCUGAAGACCUCAGACUCUGGAUAUUACUGGUGUGCUGUGGAGACUGGUGGCGAAAUAGACAACGGUUAUUAUUUGUAUCUGACGGUACAAUCAAACCCUGAUGUGUUUGUGGUGAGCAGCAGUGUAUCUGGACAUGAAGGUGGUGAUAUCAGUGUUCAGUGUUUCUACAGUUCUGGAUAUAAGUAUAAACUCAAACAGUGGUGCAGAUAUAAAGAUCAGAGCUGUUACACAGUGGGGAGGACUAACACAUCCCAGAAUUCAUCAGUCCAGAUCAGUGAUGAUGGGAGAAGAUCCUUCACUGUGCUGAUGACUGGACUGAGACUCACUGAUUCUGGCUGGUACUACUGCUCUGCUGGAGAUCUGCAGGCUCCUGUUCACCUCACAGUCACUGAAUUCAAAAGAGCUACACCAUCUCACUCUAAAACAGACAUGCACAUAACUCACCCAACAACCAACAUGAAUCCUACAACUAUGACAGCUUCAAGAACUGUGACAGAUGUAGCUGAAACCCAUCCAGCUCAAACAUCAGCCACAAAGACUGUUAAUAGUGAAAUACACAGCACAGAUGAGAAAAACAAGUAUUUAAGGCAUUUCAAUCUGCAGUUGUUUGAAACUAUAAUCGACUCUAAAGCAGAAGAUCCUGUGAUGUACAGCACUAUAAAGGAUGGAAACCCAAAUGAUCCCAACACGGACAUAAUCUACUACAGUACUAUUGAUUUUGUUCCUGGGAGUGAAGCAGUGAAGCCUCCAGCAGCUCCUCUCAUGAACAUGCACUCUGCUGUAGACAUGAUUUACUCUCUGAUUCUCUCUGGGAUUUUACUGCACAUCACAGAUGGAGCUGGAAUUCAGAGCAUGAAUAUUGAAGUGAUAUCUGGAGCACCUGGCAUUAUUCCAUGUCUCUAUGAUGAAACACAUAAAGAAAACCGAAAAUACUGGUGUCAGGGGUCAGAGUGGAUCUCUUGCAGAAUAUUGGCAUAUACAAAUAAUACAGGAAAAUAUUCCCUUACUGAUUAUCCAGCCCAGAGUAUUUUUACAGUGCAAUGGGAGAAUCUGAAGACCUCAGACUCUGGAUAUUACUGGUGUGCUGUGGAGACUGGUGGCGAAAUAGACAACGGUUAUUAUUUGUAUCUGACGGUACAAUCAACUCCUGAUGUGUCUGUGGUGAACAGCAGUGUAUCUGGACAUGAAGGUGGUGAUAUCAGUGUUCAGUGUUUCUACACGUUAGUAUAUAAGAAUAAAGUCAAACAGUGGUGCAGAUAUAAAGAUCAGAGCUGUUACACAGUGGGGAGGACUAACACAUCCCAGAAUUCAUCAGUCCAGAUCAGUGAUGAUGGGAGAAGAUCCUUCACUGUGCUGAUGACUGGACUGAGACUCACUGAUUCUGGCUGGUACUACUGUUCUGCUGGAGAUCUGCAGGCUCCUGUUCACCUCACAGUCACUGAAUUCAAAAGAGCUACACCAUCUCACUCUAAAACAGACAUGCACACAACUCACCCAACAACCAACAUGAAUCCUACAACUAUGACAGCUUCAAGAACUGUGACAGAUGUAGCUGAAACCCAUCCAGCUCAAACAUCAGCCACAAAGACUGUUAAUAGUGAAAUACACAGCACGGAUGAGAAAAACAAGCAUGAUGUGAUUCUGGUGAUGUUUCUUCCAGUGAUGCUUGUGCUCUUACUGUUUGUAACUCUUGUUGCCAUAGUAACCUGGAGACUGAGAAAGAAACCAGAGAGAAGUCAAAUUGGAGAAGAACAUUUUAACAGCACCAGAAAUACAAUGACAUCCAACAGUCCAGCAAAUGCUAAUCCUUCUUCAUCAGUGAACUCAGAAGCUGAAGUGAUCUACAGCUCUGUGAAAAUAUACCCAAGGCUGUGAGUUCUUAACAAGAGGUGCUACUUCUGCUCCCUCUAAAUGAAGUUAUGAAAAAAUGAAAGUCAAUCAUGGUUAAUUAAUAGUAAAUCUACUUUACAGUUUCAGUUUUAAACAGUGUGAAGUUUCGGUGCUUAACAUAUGUACCUAAGUGUGACAGUGUUCUUUUUUAAAAAUAUACUGUAAGCUAGUUGCCAAUACUGUGGAAAACAAAAUAAUUCAAGCCUUACAGUAUGUAGUUAUGAAGUACAUUUUUUAAGCACAUCUGCAUAUUACAGGUAUAUUCCAAAAAAUU